AUGGCAAAGGUAAGGGCCUUUUCUGUAUUUACCUGUGGAGUUUUGUGACUGAGUCUGGUAUGAUUUAGCCCUCAAUGCAUAGCCUUAAAGGAAAGAGCAGACUUCAUGAAAGAUUUUGUUCCAUAAGUACAGACGUUUUCCCCCAACAUACUUUAUUAUUGUGCACACUUAGGGAUUUAGGUCAAACCUUGUAUUGACUACAUUAACCCAAACAUAAAUUCAUGCAUUGCAAAAAUAAUAGUAUAGUUUUUUUUUUAAAUAAGUAGGGCCCUGUGUUUUAUCAUGUGACAUGAUGCCUGAUUCUAUCCUGUAUUUUAAGCCUUAUCCAGAAAUGAGAAUUACAUAAAAAAUAUGAACGCAAUGGUGCUGGACAAUCUGACAUAAAAGCUUUAAAUGAAGGUUUAAAUCCAGGCAUGUCACAUGAUGGCGCAAAGACAAGGCCCUAUUUAUAAGACAUGCACACUUGUGUGUGACACGUCAGAGUGAAAGUGAAAAGGAUGGAAGGCAUUACUAAUGAUUCAUUCCAAAUUGCACAACUCAACAGCGUAAAUCUGUUUUGUCCAACUGGAUAGACAGGCAACAUCCAGGGUUCUUCCUCCACUGCAAAAGAAGACAAAUAAAGCAUGUACAGAAAGCAGAUUAUCAGCUGUUGUCAAACACACCUUGGUCAGAAAAGACGAUUCUCUUCCUCAAUAGCAGGCAGCAAAUUAUACUAGAUGAAAAGUCUAAAUGAGUGACAUCCUGACAUUUGAAGGAUACUCAAUUCAAAGUGUGACAUACUAUAAAACAUUUUAUUUUCGCAUACCCAAAAACACUACUAUUUAGAACUCAAGUACAGUUAUUCGGCCUCUAAUGUGGAUGAACCAGACUUGUAUUUUUUUUGUCACAUCUCAGAGACAAAGCAGGUGCUUCAUCUCUGUCCGGCUCCUUCCUAUUCACCAUUAUAAAGAUGACUGUAUCGAUUAAAGAAGUAUGUACAAGAGUUUUUGCUUUCAACCUUUCCACCUUAGCUACUUUGAGUGUGUGGCAGAUUCAUCACACACAUUCACUAUUCAUCACCCACUUCCACUCCCCAACAGCCUCCACCUCCGGGGCCCCACUCCAGGAAUAUCUAUCUGGGCAUGCCUGAGGAGAGUGAGCCCCAGAGGAGAUGGCGCUAUGGUCACCUCUCUCCCUCAGUAACACUCGGCCCAGGGGAUGGUGGACGCAGGGUAAGAUUGAAUUCAACCAUUGUCAAUGUCUAUUUGAACUGCAGUUUUAACUAUGGUAUGACUUACCUGACUUGAUCCUCAUGGCCCCCUGGGGAGCAUAGGAUGUCCACCAUGGCUCUCCACCUAACUCUUCUCUGAGAGACCUAUUGUGUGAAAUAUAUAUUGACUUGAAUUCCUUUUUAUUUGAACUCCAGACACAGUUCAGAAGCCGCCUCCUAUGGCCCAGAAGAAGUUGUCUGUGAGAAGUAAUCCUGAAAUCACUGACUGAAAUGGUCAAGGUAUCUUGUCGCAACACACUCUUCUCUUCCAUUUUCUUUCAUAUAUCCAUAUAUGAGUGAAUCCUAACUUCCACUGAAGUCAAAUGUUCACGUUGUCUCCCAUUGACAUCAACGCAUGGCUAAGCAGUAAAAAUUCGACUUGAGUGGAAGUUAGGAUUUGCCCCAGAAAAUGCACUCUGAAAAUAACUUGAAUUACUAUUUUCUUUUUCAGUUUGAAACUGAAGAGGACCAAAACAAGCCGCUUCUCUUGGGUCGCCUGCCGUCGUUGACAGAGAGGAGUCCAAUCUUCCACUCGUAAGGUGAGAGAGACAGAGAAUGGAGAUGUUUAACACUAAACGUAAAUCCUAUUAACUAAGCUUAAAUCCAAUUAACAACCCAAAUAACACUGUAACCGUAAUCCGAAUGCAAUCUAUACAUAUUGUAGCGGUUUCAGGGGUUGUAUUGUGGAUGGACGUUAUGUGCCCGCGAGGUUGUUUUGUUUUUUGGCUGCCCGCUCCACGGAUUGCAAUGCGAAGUAUUCCACAGAAGCAGGACCACGGACAGCUCAGUGUAAACUUGUAGACUGUAGCAGAACAGCCACACCUGUCUCCAGUUGUAAUUAGAGCCAAUCUGCAGACAGGUGAAACCAAUCAGUUUCUCUAUUUAACCGCGCCCUGGGUUUCUUUCUGUAUUUUAUAUGUAUACGCCGGCAGGGGAAGGAGUAGUAGGUUAUUGGAGAGACCGAGCGUACGAAGGACCAGGAGGUUUUAAACAAGAAAGGAAAAUAUGAUUACAACAAAGAUUGCACCCCCACAGACAACGCUUGGAGAACCUUCCACUGGGUGCGAAGUGUUUACUUUGUUUGUUUUGGGUUGCAUAAAUCGCGAACGCUGCCGAAGCCUGGCUGUAUGUGUAAACCCUUCCUUACAAAGAACCCGGCGCAGAAAACGCUACAGUAUGUACACCGGGAGAAUUUACACAUUAUACUGUAUACUAAGAAUGACAGAGUACAGCAGUAGAUAUAUUACAGUGAUCUAUGUCAAUAAUCCAGUGUAUAUAAUAAAUAUGUGGUGUGUGUGUGUAUAAACGGUGAAACUACAAUGCAAUGUACAGUAUUAGAAAUAUUAGAAUGAGCUAUAUGGCGAAUACAGUAUUUAAGCUGAACACUCAUUUAUUACUAAUAAUGUAAUACCUGGUUUUCCGAGCUGUACAUUGUUCUUCUUCCAGUUUGGGUCGCCUGCCUAUUGAAUUACGACAGAUACCAGCAACCUUUUAUAACCGUGAAAGGCCUCCAUUACUGUCCAAGCAGUCACUUGCUCUGAAAGGCACUCAGACACUUUUGCAGAAUAAAAACGCUCUCAUUAAGCAGUGUCGGUGAAGAGGAAAAAGAACAAGAUGACAUCAAGGUAUAACAAGAAUGACAGUGUAAAACCAUGAACUGCUCAUAAAAAAUAAGUCAGUCAUCAAUACAUUCUGUAGUAUAUUAUUUACAUGUGGGUUUAGGUUACAUACAGAACCUCCAAAGAAUCAUCGCUGAUGACAGUUUAAUCACAACCAUUUGAGAAAUUGUCACAUUCAACCUUUCAUUUCAUUCUUCCAUCAGGAUGCAGAUCAUCUGAUGGAACAGUGGGAGAAGGUGAAAUGUGAGCGUCAUAGCUUCAAAAUGUACUUUAUAAUGAUUUUUUAUGUAAUAAUGGAUACGUUUCUGUAUAUUUCAUCCUCCUGUUCUAUGUUUGCCUUUUAGCAUGGAAAGACCUGGCAAAUGACCCUAAACUGGCCAAGAAGGGAGAAGCAAAGUAAGUUCUUCAGUUUAGACCCAGCUAACAAACUUUAGUGUACAUUUGAAUAUUUUGUCAGUUGGCACUAACCACCCUCCAUACUGAUGACCUUCUAAAUCAACUGUCCAAAGUGAAAGCCCAGCGGGUCCAGAAUGCAUUGCAGCUGUACAACCUCUUCCUGACUAAGCAUGGGGAGGAUCUGAAGAACCACAUCGUUGACCUCAUCAGCAUCGCAGACAACUUAGACAUGGUAGGAGUACUAUAG